AUAUUUUUAAUAACGUCGUAAUUAAAUAUUUGAUUUAAAUAAUUAACUUUUGUAUAUAACUUAGUGACAAGAUUGAGUGAUACUCAGUUUUCAAUGGUUAGUUUAAUAAUGUUAUUGUAACAUAACCUACAUUUCAUAAAUUGGGUUUGAAUUUAUUAAAUAUUUACAAUGGAUAGUGAAAAAAAUAAUAUUAUUCGUGUUGGUUCAAGGAAGAGUGAGCUGGCUCUCAUUCAAACCAAUUUCGUCAUUGACAGCCUAAAGAAAGUCUACCCAGACAGAGAGUUUUCAAUAGUUACAAUGACAACACUGGGUGACCGUAUUUUAAACGUGUCGUUGCCGAAAAUUGGUGAGAAGUCGCUUUUCACUAAAGACUUGGAAGAUGCUUUGAAGAACAAAACCGUUGACUUUGUGGUACACUCCCUUAAGGACCUGCCCACUUCGCUGCCGGACGGUCUCGCUAUUGGUGCGGUUUUUGAAAGAGAGGAUCCAAGGGACGCUUUAGUUCUGCGAGAGGAUGUCAAGGACUGCACUCUGGCGACUUUACCUGCUGGAUCAGUUAUUGGUACGUCGUCGUUGCGUCGUACGGCUCAAUUAAGAGGUUCGUUCCCACAUCUAUCGAUAGUGGAUGUGCGAGGAAAUCUCAAUACGAGGUUACGUAAACUCGACUCGCCCACCAAGGAGUACUCGGCGUUGCUGCUCGCGAACGCCGGCCUGCAGAGAAUGGGCUGGGGCGACAGAGUGUCCAAGAUAUUGCCGUGUUCCGAAAUGAUGUACGCCGUUGGCCAAGGCGCGCUCGCGGUGGAGUGUCGGAGCGAUAACGCGGAGGUAUUAGCCAUGUUGGCGCCCUUCAACCAUCCGGAGACGUACUGUAGAGUGUUAGCUGAAAGGAGCUUUCUUAAGACAUUAGGUGGGGGUUGCAGCGCCCCAGUUGGUAUAUCAACAAAACUGAAACCGAUGGAAUCGAACUUCAAAUUAACUAUAACAGGCGGAGUAUGGAGCUUAGACGGUACUACUAAAGUUAACGAAACUAUGGAGCAAACUUUCACACAAAUUAAAAAGACAAAAAAACAUAACCUUAGUCCGUCCGAGGAAAGCAACAGUAAGAAAUUUAAAAUAGACGAACAAAGUAUUGAUGAUAAGAGCAAUCCCUUACAGAAACUAGAUAAAAAAAUAUCAGAAGCCAGCCAUGAUUUGAACUGUGACGAUUUAAGUCAGCCAGGAGAAUUGAAGACUCAAAGCGUUUAUUGUGGAUUGACGGAGAACACAAACGUCCCCUUGGACGUUAUACUAAAAUGUGAUGAAUUGGGUAAAGAUUUAGCGAAUAAUUUAAUAUCGAAAGGUGCUUUAGAUGUAAUGAAAGUUACACAAGACCUCAUUAGGAGUUCAGUUGCAAACUCAUCUUGAUGACACCGAGUAUGGUUUAUGUUAAAUGUAAAUAUAUUAUCAUUGUUGAUUAGUUAUUUCUUGUUAGGUACUUAUUUGGGACAUAUAAAAUCGUAGGUUGUACUUAUUGCGGUGUAUUUGUUGAAUUCUGUUAAUCUUAUUAUUAUUUU